AUCGCGGAUCCGUUCCUGCGCGCAUCUUUUUGGGAAGCGGAGUCCGGGCGAGGAAGAGAGCCGCCUCUUUCCUAUGGAGCGCCAGACACUCUGAUGGCCUCAUCUUCAUCUCCUGGAACCUCAGGUCUGUAUAGCAGAGGAUUAACAGCGGUUGAACUUCCAACUCAGAAUAUGGUAUCGCUUGAGGAUGUAGCUGUGUUUUUCUCCGUGGAGGAGUGGGCCCUGCUGGAUUCUGAGCAAAAAGCCCUGUACCGAGAGGUCAUGCUGGAAAACGAAAGGAACAUAAUCUCCUUAGCAGGUGACGGAUGGGAGAGGGAGGAUUCUGGCCAAGAGGCAGCAGCACCUUUGCCAAAAGAGAAAAAGGAAGUUGCAGAAAACCAGUUAAUGGGGGAGCUGGAGAAUUGCUCUGGUUUGCCUUGUCCAGAUCCCAAUGUCUUAUUGGACACAGAUGAUUGCCAAGAAAAAGGAGAGUGUUCAAGGUGUGGGAAAACACUCCGACAUGAAUCGGGAUUAUGUGACUGUUGCCAAAGCCCUGCUGGAGAGAAACAAGAUGAAAGCAGGCAACACUCCAGAGGGACCCUUCCUCCUCCUUUACAUGAAAGCAUACAAGAAGGAGGGGAAAUGUACAAAUGUACGGAGUGUGCAGAAAGCUUCAGUACAAGCCAUUCUCUUUCAAUGCAUAAAACGAUUCACAAAACAGAGGAUCCACACAAAUGUCUGGAUUGUGGAAGGACCUUCAGGCAGAAAAAUCAUCUUAGUUCACAUAAAAAGGUCCACGAAGAGAGCAAGAAGCAUCAAUGCAUUAAUAGGGGAAACAGCUUUGGAAGCAGCGCCUCCCUUACUUCCCAUCAAAGCAGCCGCAGAGAGGAGAAGUUGCAUCAAUGCAGGGAGAGUAGAAUGAGGUUUACUUGGAGCAAGGAACUGAAUUCCUGGAAAAAAAGGUCCACUGGGAAUAAAUCGUGUAAAUGCCUGGAAUGUGGGAAGAGCUUCCGCUCUGCAAGAUACCUCACUUCCCAUAAUAGGACCCAUACAGGGGAAAAGCCGUAUCAUUGCACAGUGUGUGGGAAGAGCUUCACCCGAAAAGGCGAUUUCAAUUUACAUAAGAGGAUCCACACCGGAGAAAAGCCAUAUAAGUGCACAGAGUGUGGAAAAUGCUUCAGCAGAAGUGGUGCUCUAUCCGUACAUAACAGGAUGCAUAAAGGGGAGAAGCCUUAUGAAUGCCUGCACUGUGGAAAAAACUUCAGUCGAAAAGGUCAUCUUAAGUCCCAUGAGAGGAUCCACACUGGGGAGAAACCAUAUCAGUGCCAAGAGUGUGGAAAAUGCUUCAGUGAUUCUGGAGAACUGACAAUCCAUAAAAGGAUUCACACAGGGGAGAAACCAUAUAAGUGCACGGAGUGUGGCAUGAGUUUCAGGAGAAGUAGUCACCUUGGUAUCCACAAGAGGAUCCACACUGGGGAGAAACCAUACACAUGUUACGAGUGCGGAAAAAGCUUUAGUCUAAAUAGUUCACUCAAGAGCCAUAGAAGACUUCACUCAGGGGAGAAACCCUAUAAAUGCAUGGAGUGUGGAAAAUGUUAUAGAGACAGUGGCCAGCUUACCUCCCACAUGAGGAUCCAUACAGGAGAGAAGCCAUUUAAAUGCAUCGACUGUGGAAAGAGUUUCCGACUCAGUGGUAAUCUUACACUCCAUAAAAGACUCCACACAGGGGAGAAGCCAUAUCAGUGUGUAGAGUGUGGAAAGAAAUUUAGAACCUGCGGUGAGUUUAAUCGACAUAAGAAGACGCAUAGCAGGAAAAGACGAUGCUAAUUGGUUCGUGUUGAUUCUCAAAAUUUGCUUCAUGCUGACAGACGUUUUGCAGGAGAUUCUGUAGAAAUGCAUGGAGUAUGGGAAGGGCUUCUGAAGCAGCAGAAAUGUCUUGUUCCAUUAAAAAGAAGAGUUUUCUUGUAGAACUAGGAA